CCGUAGCUAUACCAAACGUCCUCGCUGUUUACUCCAGCUUCACCUUGGUGAUGAGGCUACUGGUUCUCACCCUCACUGUUCUGUUUGAGAUAUCAUCAGGGACAGACCUCUGCUCAAUAAGUGAGACUGAUGUAGCCUGUCAUCCAUGCUCGGUGUUGUGUCUAGCACGGGAAGAGAUGUGCUUCAGAUGCCCAGAUGGAUGCGGAGAAGGUUGCAGCUCUACUUGUGGGGAUAGGUGUCUACACGGAGUGUGUCAUUACACAGGCACUGCACAACUUCAGUGUACUCAAGGGUGUAAAGACGGGUGGGCAGGGAUAUUCUGUCAAGAAGGGUGCCCACCCAACUGCGUUCUGUGUGAUCAAUUCAGUUCCACGUGUCUGUCGUGUGUGGAGGGGUACCAAGGUGACAACUGUACCCACAUCACAGCUGCAGAGGCUGAACAGGGGACCACCACAAGUGAGCACGAGACAACACAAGGUGAGACAGAGAGCACAGACUCAACCAUCACAGCCACCAGUAGUGUGAACUGUGUAAAAGAAGAUCCGGCAACUGGAGCGACUUCCAACGGGAGUAAGGACAGAAAUCUGAGAUUGAACUGCCCUGAGGAAGGCGAUCCAAUUGGGUCAUACUAA